GUGAAAGCGAACUUGUGCGGCCUCGGCUCGGCCAACUUGUGUGAGCGUCCGUGGUGCCAUGCCAAGCUUCGAGCAAGUUCUGGAGCAACUCGCCGAAAUCCAUGACCAGGAAGUGGCCAGGCUUGCCCGGAGAUGCUCCGAGUUGGAGCAGCGAUGUCCGCAAGACACCGACGAGUUCUUUGUGACAAUGUCCGAUGACGACCGACCCGGCGACACAAAAACAUCGCGCGGCUUCACCGACAUUUGCUGCUUGCAGCCCUCUUUUCUGUCCGGUGGAAUUCGUGCGACGGGUGCACACCGACGAAGGGCAGAAGCGGCCAAGGCCCCAAGCUCUCCUGCACAAAGUUCGGUCAUCGAUGAAACCGCCCAAGACUUGGAGGAGACGACAGCACCAGAUGCAGCAGAACCGCCUUUCGAAACAGUGACUCCAGGGCAGGUCUUCCUGCGCAGCUUCAGCGCGGAAGUCGCCCAGCUGGGUUUUCGGAUCCGUUGGGAAGACGUGCCCAGUGUACAGAUGCUGGACCCGCAGUCCGCCGCCUACCAGAGCGGGUUGAGAAAUGAGGAUACGAUCCUGGAGAUCAACGGUGCCUGCACUGCUGGUCAGCACCGUGACCAGCUCCUCCCGCUACUCAAGCAGCGGCCCUUGGAAUUGAAGCUGCGGCGGCCAGGCCUGGCUGUGGAGACUGCAGAGACCAGCGAGCCUAGCCCGCGGUCCCUCCGACGUGAGGUCUCCUUUGGAGUCAACCACUCACAGACUGGCUCUUCCUGGCAGUCGUUGGAGGACAUACCUUGCAAGGAGGAGAGGGUUUGCCAGAAGCGCAGCGAGGAGAAUGGCCAAGACAGCCGCUUGGGACUCAAGAAGUACGUGGAGCAACAGGCCCAGCAAGAGACGGUCGUCUCCAAGACAGUUCGUACCUUGAUUGGUGCCACCAACGCCGAGAGUACGGACGCGUUUAUCAAGCUUCGGCGCCUUGCGGCGGACUUCGCGAUUUGGUGGGACAGUUUGGAGGAACCUCCACGCCAUGGUCGCAUUUACGACGUGGUGGAAUCGAGAUGGUUCCGAUUUCUUUCUGCCUUUAUCAUCACAGUGAAUGCUGCAGUGGUCACAUGGUUGACAGACUGGAGUUUGAGCAACGAUGGCAAGAAUAAUCCGCCUGGCUUCGAGUUUGUGGACUUGGCCUUCCUUUUCUUCUACUUUGUGGAAGUGGUACUGCGGAUCACCGUGAGCAAAGGCUUCUUCUUCGUGAAUGACAAUGCCGCCUGGAACAUUUUCGAUUUGAGCUUGGUGGUCUUCUCUACCUUAGAUUGCAUCUUCAAUUGGCCAGCCGAUGGGGCGGAAACGCCACCCAACAACUUGGGCUACAUGCGAGUAUUUCGCAUGUUCAAGUUUGCAAAGAUCUUGCGGACCAUCCGGAUCAUUUCCUUCGUACGGGAGUUGUCAAUGAUGCUGGAAAGCUUUCGGAAGUGCAUCGUGGCCAUGUUUUGGGGCUUGGUCCUCCUGAUGUUUUUGCUCUACGUCUUCGCGUUGAUCUUCGCGCAGGGCGUCGCAAGCCAUCUGGCCACCCACAGCGCUGCUGGAACGGAGGAGGAACUCGGCCCAAUGGAGCAGGAGAUGAUGACAGAUUCCUUUGGCUCGGUGGGUGCGUCCAUGCUCUCCUUGUACCUUUCCGUGACGGGCGGCAACGAUUGGUCCAUGUACUACGCAGUGAUGGUACAGAUCGGGUCCUUCUAUCCAGCCGUUUUCUUGAGCUACACAUUUUUCUUCAUUUUUGCCCUCUUCAACAUCCUCACCGGUGUGUUCGUCGAAAGGGCCGUGGCUGCGUCCCUGCCGGACCGAGAGGAGCUCAUCUCGGAGGAAAGGAAGAAGCUUCUGAAGCAGGUCGAAGAAUUGAGGGCUCUGUUCAAAGAUCUUGAUACCGACGCCUCGGGCAAGAUCACCAAAUCGGAGUUCAUCAACGAUAUGAAAGAUGAUCGGAUUGUCUCGUACAUGCACAGUCUGGGCCUGGAGAUGCAUGAUGCGGAGCACUUCUUCGACAUCAUUGCUGACCACUGUCAGGAAGUCGACAUUGACACCUUCAUCGAGCACAGCAUGGCCAUGAAGGGCAGCGCCACGGCCCUGGACAUGCGACGCCAGUUGCAUCAGACGGCACAGGUGGCUGAACAGCUGCAGGUCUGGGACAAUGAGCGGUGGCCACAGCUCCAACGGGCUUUGCGGCGCCUGGCCUUGCGGAGCGGUGAAGACUUGGAGAAGAGCGAAAGUGCCCAACGGCGUAUACCAGGAAGAGGCCUAUCCAAAUCCUUGGUGGUGGGAAACCUCCCUUCCAUCAGAUCACAAAGGCCGUAGCGAGUUCUGAGCAGAGGGCCGUCGCGGACGGUGGAAAAGGACCUAUUCCUUUUUUUCUCGGCGGUCUGCAAAAAGUGUGUCACCAAGGAGUGGGUGAAGAUUUCUCUCAAGCUGGGACCUGUGGCAAGGAGUGG